AUGGCCUCACUACAUUUUCUAUUCUGCGUGCUCGUGUUCUUUCUCCUGCACGAUUGCGCCACCGUCAAGGGAAGAGAAAUACGGAGCCACGUUCAUUCGAUCAGCCUCCGCUCGCUGACAUCGUCGAACAACCUGUGCUCGUCAACCUUUUCCGGAUUAAGCGGCAAACUACCACUGGUCCACCGGCACGGCCCGUGCUCCCCCUUGGGCACCACAGAGGCCCCUGACUACAAAGAAAUUCUGCGUCGCGACACCGCCCGAGUCGAUGCUCUCCACCAGAGUUUUCCCCUCUCUUCCAGCAGAAACCAAUGGGCCCCGGCCAGCGCCCCCUCAGCUGGUGUGAACAUUCCCGACGGAGUCGGCAGCGCGCUCGGCACGCUCGACUACAUCGUCACUGUAGGAUACGGCACACCCCCGAAGAACUUCACCGUAAUCUUCGACACCGGUAGCGACAUCUCCUGGAUCCAGUGCGAGCCAUGCGUCGGCGAAUGCUACCCCCAAAAGGACCCCCUCUUCGACCCGUCCCAAUCCUCCACAUACACCAACAUAUCCUGUGGCGCCGCCGAGUGCUCCUUAGUAGGAGGGAAUUGCGACGGCUCUAACUGCAUAUACGGCGUCCAGUACGGCGACGGCUCCUAUUCAGCUGGCUAUUUCGCAGAGGACACCCUCUCCUUAACACCUUUGAAUUCUCUCAAGAAUUUCGAGUUCGGGUGCGGUGAGAUGAACAAAGGCUUGUUCGGCGAAGUUGCCGGGCUUAUUGGUUUGGGAAAAGGAAAGGUUUCUUUGGCCUCGCAAGCGGCCCCAGUCUACGGCGGAGCCUUCUCCUACUGCCUCCCGUCUUUCAACGGCGGGGUCGGAUACUUAACAAUCGGAAAUCAGAAUCGGCCCGGCGGUCACGUUCAGUACACGCCGAUGAUAACCGAGCCAGACGCUCAGUCCUUCUACUUUGUCGAACUCGUCGGUCUCAAAGUGAAAGGGAAGAGCCUCCCGAUCCCGCCGGGCGUCUUUACGAGGGCCGGGACUAUUAUCGACUCCGGCACGGUCAUUACUUACCUCCCGCCGACUGCUUACUCGGCACUUCGCGACGAGUUCCGCCGGUGGAUGACGCAAUACCAAAUGACACCGCCUGGCUUUCGAAUUCGGCAAUGGGAUUACGGUUGA